GAUGGUUACCUGCAGAGGGAAGUGCAUAUUUUCUGUUGGGGGUAAUGGCUGCAUGUGAUGCUGCGUGUGUGCACGCCUCUCCUGGAGAGAGCAGGAUGGUUUUUGCCCACAUAAUCACAGCUCUGCCUUCACACUGGUGGCAUACCGCCCCAGCACCUCUUCCUCCUCCUCCUCCUCCUCCCUCCCUCAUUCCUUCAGAGGAUCCUUCCUGGUUUUUCACUAAGGAGCUGGAGAAUCAUGGAGUCACAUCCAUGUCUGAUGAGCUCACAACCCUGAGCUCAUUUAUUUAAAAGUCCUCCGAUUCAAAUUUCUUUACAUUAACUUUUAGCUUUUUGUGCAUCUUUUUUAUUUUUUUCUUAAUUAUUUUCUUGAUGCUUCUGCAGUGAAGGGUCAAUCACAUAUUGUCAUCCACAUUUCAACGCAGGCAGCCUUCUGUUUACCUCUAACAGGGGAUGGGAGGAACUUGAAGGUCUUUUUUUGAGUAUAUUUUUCCCUUUGGACGUGGAUAUGGGCCCGUUUUUUGCUGCGCUUUACGCGGAGCCGUCAGGAGGUAGAGGCGCUGGAGUGGAGCUGCUUCACGUGAGGUUCGCCGCUCAGGUCUUUGUCUGGAGGAUCUGCGACAUGGGCUGAGCUCAUCCGAUGACCGUUUUCCUCCAGAGCAUCUCAAUUAUGAAAGACGGAUAAAAAUCAACUUUUUUUUUCGUCCAGACUGUCGUUUCAUAAUUUACAGCUUUAAUCAGACCAGACUGGGUCUAACAGGAGAGUUUCCAUCAGAAGGUUUUGGGGUGGACUGUGGACUUCAUGAUGCAGUAUCCUGCAACGUUUCUUGGUUAAGCAUUUUAUUUGAGUUGAUAAUGCGGGAGUGUGGAUAAAAAUGUUAGAAGCAAUUAAAAAUUAAUAACUUGGAACUGGACGCUCCACCUGUUGUGGCUUUAAAUCUCUUUACGCGCGCCCUUUUCUUGCCUUGACGCAGCUUCAGCUCCACUUUUUCGGUUGGUUCCUCCUCAUCCUCAUCCUCACCAGACAGACAAUGUGGCUCCCAUGCCUGGCGCUGCUCCUGCUGCUGCUCCGGUUCUCCGGGGUUCUGCUGGUGGACGGGUUCAACACGUGUCAGUCCAUCAACCUGGACGCGCAAAAGUCGCGGCGCAUCGAAGCGGUCCGUGGGCAGAUCCUCAGCAAACUUCGCAUCCGCAGCCCACCCGACGACGACGACGAGCCCCAGCCGGGUGCCGUGCCCCCCGAGGUCAUGCUGCUCUACAACAGCACGCGGGAGCUGCUGAAAGAGCGCGCGCGGCAAGCGGAGUCCGCGUGCGAGCGCGAGAGCAGCGAGGAGGACUAUUACGCCAAAGAGGUGCAGAGGAUUGACAUGCUGCCCCUCCGUACAGACUCCAAUACUGUGCAACCAGAAGCGCCCAACCACUUUUACAGAGUUGUCUCCUUCGACGUCAGCGGGGUCGACCUUACAAACAGCACCCUGGUAAAGGCUGAGUUCAGGAUCUUUAGAGCUCCCAACCCGCAGUCCCGGGCCUCAGAGCAGAGAGUGGAGAUCUAUCAGUUACUGCGACCUGAGGAAGACAGCACCUCCACUCAGCGCUACAUCGACUCCCGCACAGUUCAGCCGAGGGCCAAGGGGAGCUGGAUGUCCAUGGACGUCACAGAAACUGUUAAAGAUUGGGUGUCAGAUCCAGAGAAUAACCUCGGACUCAAGCUGGGCGUCCACUGUCCCUGCUGCACCUUCGUCCCAUCCACCAACAAUAUAGUUCCCAACAAGAGUGAGGAGCUAGAGGCUUUGUUCGCUGGUGUCGAUGAUGAGCGCCUUCGUCAGAUGAGAAGACCUGGUCAGGUCAAAGGCCAGGCGGAUUAUAGUACCAAGACGCCACAUCUCAUCCUCACCCUGCUUCCCAGUGACAGAGUGGACAACCCGGCUAGGAAGAGCCGCAAGAAGAGGGCAGCCGCCCCAGACUCCACGACCUGCUCCCGUGGUUCGGAUCAGGGCUGCUGCCUGCGCUCGCUUUAUAUCGACUUCAGGCGUGACCUCAACUGGAAGUGGAUCCAUGAGCCAAAAGGUUACAAAGCCAACUUCUGUGCCGGCAGCUGUCCAUACCUCUGGAGCACCAACAACCACUACAACAUGAUCCUGCCCCUGUACAACAAGCUGAACCCUGAGGCCUCCGCCUCGCCCUGCUGUGUUCCCCAGGAGCUGGAGCCCCUCACCAUCAUGUACUUCAUAGGGCGCACACCACGUGUUGAGCAGCUCUCCAAUAUGGUUGUGAAAUCCUGUAAGUGCCGCUAAGGGGCCCAAAGAGGAGAGGAAUGGUACGGAACCAGAACUGAAAACGACUCCUCUUGGACAGAUCCGUUGAUGAAUAAGCUUGGCUCUUUGAUAAACUCUGGCAGACUUUUGAAAAAUUAUUUUUUUACUUUAUCUGAAUCCCAAACAAGGACUUGGCCUUUUUUUUCUUUACAGUCAUGAAAGCUUUUCCCAUCAUUUUUUUCCCUCCCUGGAAUUUUCCAUCUGAUAUAGGACACUGUAUGAAAACAUAAAUCUAUUAAACCUGUGCUCGAGUAUUAAAAUCUAAAA